AUAUCCAGCACAUCAGGAGAACCUACUGGGGCGGUUAUCAUCUUGAAAGAGCCGGACGUCCUUUCUAGCUAUCGUUGUCGGGUUCAUUUGUUUUGCGUCUCCAAAAACGAAAAUUUCUAGCAACUGCGGGGGCGAAUCCGAUCCAAAGUUCAGCACAACUCCAAGAGCAGAGAGACUUCCGUUACAUUGACCUGAGAAUCUAAGUAACGACACAAUGGCGAAGGACAAAAAGAAGGGCGACAAGGCAGCCGCCAAAGCAGCAAAGGCUGCAAAGCAAGAGAAGAAAGCAGGCAAGAAAGAUAAGAAAGUAGCAUCCAAGAACAAGGAUGCAGACUCCGACACUGAGUCCGUAGACCUAGAUGCAGUUCUGGCGCAAUACGCAAAAGAGCAGGAAGCGUACCACGAAAUCACGGAGACUGCCUGCGAGCCUCCAUCGCCCAGGUCAUCCAGCACAUUGAUUGCAAACCCAGCCAACGAGAACGAAAUCUUCUUGUAUGGUGGAGAGUACUUCAAUGGCGCGACUGCGCACUUCUACAACGAUCUCUUCGUCUACAACAUCAAGCGGGACACUUGGAGCAAAGUCACGAGUCCCAAUUCGCCCUUGCCGCGAUCCGGACAUGCCUGGUGUCGCGCUGCCAACACCCAGGAGAUCUACUUGUUCGGUGGCGAGUUUAGUUCGCCUAAGCAAGGCACGUUUUACCACUACAAUGACUUCUGGAAGCUGGAGCCUAAGAGUCGGGAGUGGACGCGUGUCGAGACGAAAGGCAAAGCGUCCAGUCCGCCGGCACGAAGUGGACACCGUAUGGUCGGCUUCAAGCAGUACAUUGUCUUGUUUGGAGGCUUCCAGGACACUUCGGCGACUACGAAGUACUUGAACGAUCUAUGGAUCUAUGACUGUGUCAACUUCACGUGGCAUACACCGAAGCUGCAGGCAGCGCGCGCAGUUCCAGAUGCACGGUCGAGUUUCACGCUGCUUCCUCAUGAUCAAGGCGCUGUGAUAUAUGGUGGUUACUCGCGAGUCAAGGCUGCAGCAGGCGGAAACAAGGGGCAACAGCAACAACAAGGCAAAGGCAAGAAAGGCGGUGGUGGCGGUCCAGCGUCUCGAAUGGUGCUCAAGCCGAAGGUUCAUGUUGAUACCUGGUUUCUACGCGUCACACCACCACCCGCUGACCAACCCUCUACAAACCCACCAACAGUGUCAUGGGAGAAGCGCAAGAUGCCUGCGAACGCACCCAACCCCGCUCGUGCUGGAGCUACCAUGGCCUUCCACAAAGGCCGCGGUGUACUAUUCGGCGGUGUACACGACAUCGAGGACAGCGAAGAGGGUAUCGACUCCGAGUUCUUCAACCAAAUGUUCGUGUGGAACAUCGAGCGAAACAGAUACAUGCCCCUGACACUCCGCCGACCCAAAGCCAACUCAAACAAGAAAGCAGACAAGACCGCCAACGUCAGCCGGCGCGCACGCGGAAAAGCCGACGAGGAAGAGCUGCUCGCCAACCUCAAGGCCUUGGAGAUGAAGAUCGGAGGCGCUACCCCGCAAGACUCCGACGAUGAAGCAGAGAAACCCAAGGAGGAGGAGGAACAAGACCAACGCCCCGAGAAACCGCGUACAUACGAAUUCCCACAUCCGCGCUUCAAUGCAGCUCUGACUGUCCAAGCCGAUACGCUUUACAUCUACGGCGGCACAUUCGAGAAAGGCGACCGCGAGUUCACAUUUGACGAGCUGUGGUCCGUGAACCUGAACCACUUGGACGGCGUGCAAGAGAUCUUCCGGCGCGAGCUGGAAGACUGGCAGGGCAGCGAGGACGAAGCAGAUUCCGAAGACGACGAGGACGAAGACGACGAGGAUUCCGACGAUGAAGAGGAUAAAUCCGCGCCCUCCACCGCACCAACAAGCGUCACCGACUCACCCCUCGCCCUCCCCUCCAAAGAACCCUUGGACGAAGACCUGGGCACCUCGGAAGAAAUCUCCGCGCUCACAGAUGGCCUCCCUCACCCGCGUCCCUUCGAAUCUCUGCGCGAUUUCUACGCCAGGACGAGCGAGGCGUGGAUUAAUCUCACGAUUGAGGAUCUGGAUCGCAAGAAGAAGAUGGACGAGUUUGGACCAAAGGAAAUGAGACAACUGGCGUUCAAGGAGGCGGAAGAGAAGUUUUGGGAUUGUAGGGAGGAGAUUCGCGCAUUGGAGGAUGAGCAGGAGGCCGCGGGCAUUGGGGAGGUGGUUAGUUUGGCGGAUAAGGAGAGUGCGGGGGCGGGGGCGGGGAGGAGAAGGUAG